AUGCCACAAAAUGGAUCUGGAUUUUUGUGUGAUGACAGAGUAACCUGCAUCCCACCUUCUUAUCUUUGUAAUGGAGCUCCCAACUGUCCCAGUGGAACAGAUGAGGACAAGCUCAUAUGUAAUGACCUACCAAACAACCUUCCAAGUAACAUUAUUUUCCGUUGUGGCAAUCCACGCUUUUGGAUCUUCGUUGACAAAAAAUUUAAUUUUAUUAAUGAUUAUGGAGAUUGCUCGGAUGAAACUGGAAUUUACACAAGCUGCCCUUCCUGUGGAGCAGAGUGGUGGGCCUGCAUCCCUGUGCGCUUUCAAUACUGUUAUUGUAUACCCCGCAGUCUUUGUAGGGACGGAAGACAGCACUGUUUUGACUGGUCUGAUGAACACAUCUGCAUCAAAGACUAA